GGCCUGCUUUAUACAUGCAAUUGCCAUGUAAAAUGCCAUGGUGGUGUUGUGAUUUAUGUGUCGUGUGAUGAUUUCCCGCCAGUUUCAAACCCUCCUCCAACGGUCAAGAACCACAACCCAUCUCUUCCAACUCCAUUCUUCUCAUCGAUCAAAACCGCUCUCUGACAGCGACCAAUAUUCCAUAUCUCAGUUCAUAUUGUCCUCUUGUUCCAUUUCUAUAGAGUUUGCAAGAUUGAUCUUCGACAGCUCACCCAAUGACCCAUCAAUGUUUGCGUGGAACACAAUUAUAAGGGAAUACUCGAAGAGCUCAGUACCAAUUGAAUCAGUGAAGUUGUUCUCUCAGCUUCAAAGGGUGGGUCUUAAACCUGACAAAUUUACAUACCCUUUUGUUCUCAAGGCUUGCGGUCGUUGUUCCAUCGUUGGAGUAGGUGGGACAUUGCAUUCUUCAAUUUUGAAAACGGGUUUUGAUUCAGAUCGGUAUAUAGGGAAUACUCUUUUGAAGAUGUAUUCCGCUUGCAAUGUGAUCGGGCUUGCAAGACAGGUGUUUGAUGAAAUGAGUGAUAGAGAUGUCGUGUCUUGGAGCUCCAUGAUUGCUAGCUAUGUUGCUUGUAACUGUGCAUUGGAUGCUUUAAUAGUUUUCCAACACAUGAAGUCGGUAAAUGUGAAUCCAAACUCUGUCACUCUGGUUAGCUUACUCUCUGCUUGUAUUCGUCUGCUCAACAUGAGCAUAGGAGAGUCCAUUCAUACACAAAUUAUUGUCAAUAAUAUUGGACUGGAAGUUGCUCUGGGGACGGCACUUCUUGAGAUGUAUUCAAAAUGUGGACACAUAGAGAAAGCUUUCUGUGUUUUCAAUUCCAUGAAUGAAAAGAAUUUGCAGUCUUGGACGAUCAUGAUAUCUGGCCUCGCCAAUCAUGGCCGUGGGGAAGAUGCUAUUUCCUUGUUUACCCAAAUGCGGCAAACUGGACUACAACCUGACAGCAUGUCAUUUUCUGGAAUCCUGAGUGCUUGCAGCCAUUUGGGCCUUGUCAAGGAGGGGAAAAAGUUUUUCAAUGAGAUGGUAAGGAACUAUGAUAUCAGGCCAACAAUGGAACAUUAUGGAUGCAUGGUAGAUAUGCUAGGAAGAGCUGGGAUGAUUGAAGAAGCUUAUCAAGUUAUCAAGAACAUGCCAAUGGAACCUAAUUCCAUUAUACUCAGGAGUUUCAUUGGUUCAUGUAAAAACCAUGGUCAUGUUGUUUGUUUUGAUGAAAAUCUAAAGAAACUUUUGCUUCAAAUCGAGCCCAAUCUUGGAGCAAACUAUGUUCUUGCUGCUUGUGUUUCUUCUGUGUCGGAAAAUUGGAAUGAUGCUGCUGGCCUGAGAGCUGCCAUAAAAGGCAGAGAUUUGAAGAAAUCUCCUGGGUGCAGUUGGUUGGAAGUGAACAGUGAUGGUGCAGUGACAUUGGGCAUAAAGGUCUUGAAAUUCAGAACACCCCCAUGUCAAGAUCCAACAAGCCUAAGGCAUCCAGUCAAGUGGAGUUCACCUUGGGUAAAGGAAACCAACUUUCAUGGAGUUUGGACUGGUAAGAGAUCAUGUAGAGAAGAAAGACUAGCAGAGCAGCAACACCCCAUGCAGACCCUCCGGCUCUGUGAAGCGAGUCUUUCUCUGGCAACGAAAUGGAGAACGGGACUGUGUGUCGGUCUUCGCUCGAUAACCAGUGCACAACAAGCAGUAACACUAUUGGUGUGAGUAUGAAGAUUAGCUUGAGCUGAUACAUCAUGUCCUGAAACUUGGACUCAUAGUUUAUGUACCAUGUGAAGCCUAAGAUGAGGAACACUACAGCCAGUAAGAAGUACAUGUGGACUGGUAGAGAGAAAUAUUGGAGAUAAUCAUAGUAUGAAGAGUUAUAGUGUCUUG